UAAUCAUUAUUAGCAAAGAAACAAAGAAAGACUGACUUACUGACAAUGCUUCACAAUUUCCUUGACAAAAAAAACUUGUAGGAGAUCACUCAAAUAUUUAAAUAGCAUGUUCAAUAUUAAUACUCUUCCAAGGAAUAGAUGCCAGAUAUUAGUGUAGUCUAGCAAGAUAAAAUAAAUAGAUUUUUGAAUUGCUACUAGCCUUAUUUUACUGAUUAUUUGACAUAGGAUAAUACUUAUUAGCACUUUGAUUAUUAUAGAAUACUAUCGAAGUAUAUCAAAGUUUUUGAUUUAGAAAAAGGUAAAAAGUUUAGGCGUAACAAUUAUGAUGGUCUCUACAUAAUACUUAAGGGGUUUAUUUAAGAAAUAAUAGUUGAUGAUCAGCAAAAUCCAGAAGAAGAAUAAAAUAAUGUUAAAACUAAAAAGAGUAAAUCUAAGCAAUAAGAUCCCAUAAAGAUGUCUAAGAUUGUUAACAUGGUAGUUGGAAUAAAUAGAAUCAAAGGUUCUUCGAAUGAUAUAUCUCAAAGAGGUUCAUUUUAGACUGUUUUUAACAAAAAUAAUAAUACUGAUAGUGACAGUAACCAUUUUUUUGGAAACACUCCAAACAACGAAGGAUAGUCUAAUAUAAACUCAUAACGUAAUUAACAAAAUAGCAUAGGAAAUUCUAUAUCAGCUCUUAGUUCUCAUAAACCAUCAUAAAAUGAAAUUAGCUCUAAGGCAAACUAGUUUUUUCAACCAUAAAAGUAGGAAUACCUUCCAAAUUCACCUGAACCUUAGAAUAGUUAAAAUAGACUUCAUACUUUGAAAUAGCUAAAUGAUGUAAAAAUUAGUGAUUUUGAUCAGCCUUAGGAUGGCUAGAAAAAAUUAGAUCAAAUUUAGGCAAUAGAAAAUAAAUUGAUUUAAGAAGAUAUAAAUUAAUAAAAUAAUAAAUAAGGUAACUCACAAAAAAGGCAUUUCAAAAAUUUAAAGCUACAGCUUAAUUUGAUUAAGUAUGACAAUUUCUAACUAUAAAGAGGCGAUACAGAGAUAUAAGAUGAAAAGUUAGAUGAUGUUCAUGAAUUACAAUAAAAUGUGUAAACCUCUCCCAUCAAAGCUAGUAUAUAUGAAAAUACAGAGAAAAAAAAUUUAUUUUAUAAUGCUUCUCCAGCUUCUUCAUCAUCGUCAAACCUUCUAAACAAUUCUCCUUUAAAAAUUUUAGAGAGUAUAAAUGAUAAAUAAAAUUACAUUGAACAAAUGACCUAAUAAGUUAAUAUGAAUAAAGCUAACUACAAGCUAAAAAAGAAACUAUCUUUCAUGAUCGCUAUGCAGCCAAAAUCUUCAAAUCCUUUUCCAGAGUUUUAAAAUAGACCCUUCAACAUACUAACAAACGGAGAUAUAAUAGAUUUAAUUAAAAUAAAAGAAAAUUAAAGGAAGUACUAUGUUUAAGAAAUCGAAGAUUCAAUUUGUUUAUAUAUAGGCAAAAAGAGUAUGAAAAAGGCCUUUUAAGAAUAAAUAUAAUAGCUCAGAUACAAGACUUUAGUAUUAGAAAAGUUUUUCAAUAACGUUCCUCAGAGUAAAAUAAUGAAAUUAGCAUAUCACUUUUAUGAAAAAACUCUCUUCAAAAAUUAAAUUGUGUAUAAAUAAGGUGAAUAGCGACCUCAUUUUAUUUAUCUAAUUAAAUCAGGUGAGGUAUAAAUUUCUGAAACCAUAACUUAACCUAAAAACAAAAACAAAAUUUUAGAAAGUGUUGAUUCACCAGAACGAGAAGAUAAAAACUAAUAAAUUUAAUCAACUGAUAGUUAAGUUGAAGAUGAAACAUAUGAUCUGUAAUCACUAUGUAGGAAAAAAUUAAAUUCAAAUUCAAAUAACUAAUUUAAACAAACAACUUUACAGAUUCCGAAAUUAACUAAGAUUUUGUGUUCCCUUGGAGAAGAGGAGAUUUUCGGAAUUGAGGAAAUUAUUCUCUAAAAGGAGAAUAGAGAAUUUUAAGUGGUUGUAUCUUCUUCUUAAGCUGAAUUCUAUGUAAUUCCAGAGGAUUUAUUUGAAAAUUUUAGAUAAACAGAAAGUGAUUCUAUUUUAUCUUGGUUUAAACAAAAGGAGAUUUUUUAUUAGCAGUAGAGAAACAUGCAUAAAAGAAUUAAAGGUAAUAGGGUGAUUGCGAAAUCAUCAAAUUAAGAAUUUUUUAGCAACAAAAAGAUUUAACAAGCAUGCCAGUAUCUUUUUUAAGAGGAUGAAUAAACUUUUAAUAAUAGACUUGAUUAGCUUCACAAUAAAAAAAUAAUUUAAUUAAAAAAUUAUUAUUAGUACAAAGAAUAUUAAGCUUAAAAUUAAAAUACAAAUAGAUUUUCUUAAAGUUAUUUGCAGGCUACAAACGAUUCUAUUAAUUUUAACUCUCCUAGAAAUGUUAACUAAACUUUUGAUAGAAAUUUUUCAAAGGACACUCAAUAAAGUGAUAAUUAGACGAAAUAAAAUAUUCAAUUUUAAGCUUAAAGCUCCAAAGCUUUGUUACUCAACAAAAUAUCAUAGUAAAACUAAUAGCUAAAAGUAAAAUCUUAUUGCGAAAUACAAAAUUCUUAAAGUACAAUGAAUAAUCUAGAGAGCUAAAGAGGACAGAAUUAGAAAUAAGAAUAUUUAGAAUAAUUCAAAAAUCACCCCUUAAUUAGAUUACAAUCUAUUUAAUCAUAAGAUAAUCCAUACUUAUUAACAGACAGAGGGAAUAUAAAAAAGUCUAUAGUUGAGGGUAUCCCUUUAGUUGAAAAUGGGAAUGCAAUAGCAGAUGAAGAAAAUAAAUCAUAUAGAUAUUACUCUGCCAGAUAAAUAGAAAAUUAAUAAAGCAAUUAAAGUGAACAACUUUAAGCUAACUAAUUAUAAAUUAAGAAAGUCGUUUCAACCUAUUAAAAUAUUAUAACUGACUAAACAAAAUAAACGAAUUAAUUUAAUAAUUAAGAUUAAAACUUUGAGUAAUAUAAAAUUUCCAUGGUUAAGAAUGAUGGCAAUAAAAAAAACAAUUUACAAAUAAGCUAAAAUUUAAUUGAAUCAAUCAAUCAGAAAAGAAAUUUAUCUAAAAAUUCAAGAGUAUUAAAAAAUUAAGAGAGUCUAUGUUCAAUAGAUUUAGAGUAAAAUUAAAGCCAAGUAAAGUAAACAAGUCAAAAUGAGCAGUAAUAAACACUGUUAGGAGUCCCAGCUUCGCUUGAGUACGUGAGCAAAUAUAAUCAGGUAUAAUCCACUUCUGGUGAUAUACUAAACCUAGGAAGAAUUCAUCAUAUGAUUAAAAGCAAUACUUAAAUAAUUAAAUAAUAAUUUAAAAUUAAAGGCAAGCACUAGUUAUUUUAAAAGCCUAUUUUUGAUGAACUAAAAAAAGAAAAUCUUAAACAAAUAAACAGGCUUAUUCAAAAAAAGAAUAGCAAUAUUAUGGAAGAAAAAUAGAAAACUCAAUAACCUCUUUCUGAAAGAUGGUAAAAUACAACUAAAAAUAUGGAAAAUAUAUAAAAAUAUCAUGAGUUUAUAAAAAGUGCCUCUUCUUUUAACAAUACCACAACUACUAGAUUAAAAACAAUUAAAGAUUAUAAUUAAUCUUAAUCAUUUGUUAACUUACAAACUCCAAGGUCUUUCAAUAAUGUACUACCAGUUUCUACAAAAUCUCUUACUUAGACUGAUAUCCUAUCAUAAUCUCCAGUAGUUAAUAUACAUAUGGAAAAUAAGAGAAAAUUGCAAAGGACAAAUGAACCAUAUUUUACUCGCCCAUUUUCAAGAGCAGACCAGUGCACUCCUGGAAAAAGCUCAAAUAAUUUUGCUAACCUCAGCAAACAUAGAACAGUUUAAUCUUCAAAUCACAAAUAAAGAUAAUCGAUUGAGGAUUAAGAAGAAAUUCAAUAAUUAAUACAAAAUAGCUACAAGUAAACUCUUAAUUUUAAAAAUAUUAUAAACUCACAACUUAACUCAAUUGAAAAACUGCCUUUAUCAUAAAGAAAUUGA